AUGGCUACCAAGUCCGGAAUCGCUAUUGGACCCAACAAGGGCCACAAGGUCACUGCCCGAACCCCCGCCACUCGAGUUUCUCGACGAAAGGGUGCCCUCUCUAAGCGAUCCGCUUUUGUCCGAGACCUCGUAAAGGAGGUUACCGGCCAGGCUCCUUACGAGCGACGAAUCAUUGAGUUGCUGCGAAACUCCAGUGAUAAGCGAGCUCGAAAGCUCGCUAAGAAGAAGCUCGGUACUUUCGGCCGUGCUAAGGCUAAGGUUGAGGACAUGAACAACGUCAUCACCGCUUCUCGACACGCCUAA